AUUGGUCGGGUUUCCAGGUCGAGAGAAAAUCCAACAUGGAGGCGAAACUCUGGCGUCUGAAAGGAGCCGAGACAAAGGUGGUCUGUUCAGCCCAGGGGAGGCUGGGGGAGGAAGGUUUGAGGAGGAGGAGGGGAAGAAAGGAGGCUUGAAAGGAGAAAAGAGAAGAAGAGGAGGAGGGAGGAAGGAUGGGGGAGCAGCAGGAAAUGUUUGUGGUUUAAAUCCGAACCAGACUCUCUUCUGAAAGCAGUCGGCGAGUCCAGAGAUUCAGCAACAACAUGGUCAGCCGAGUGGAACAUCCUGCUGCAGGUUACCGGAAGAUCUUUGAGACGGUGGAGGAACUAAAUGAGCCGAUUUCUGCAGAAAUAACUGGUGUUUUCCCGUUGUGGCUCAGAGGAAGCGUCCUACGGAUGGGUCCGGGUCUCUUCGAGAUCGGAGACGAACCGUUCCACCAUUUGUUUGACGGACAAGCGCUGAUCCACAAGUUUGACCUGAAGGGCGAUCAGGUGACGUACUUCAGAAAGUUCAUCAGGACGGAUGCAUAUGUUCGGGCCAUGACAGAAAACCGGGUCGUCAUCACAGAGUUCGGCACCACUGCCUAUCCAGACCCCUGCAAAAACAUUUUCUCCAGGUUCUUUACGUACUUCAGAGGCAUUGAAGUGACAGAUAACUGCUUAGUAAACGUUUAUCCGAUCGGUGAGGAUUUUUACGCCGUCACAGAGACAAACUUCAUCACCAAAGUGGAUCCAGAUUCACUGGAGACACUGAAGAAGGUGGAUCUGUGUAAAUAUCUGUCCAUUAACGGAGUUACAGCGCAUCCCCACGUUGACGCAGACGGUUCACUCUACAACAUCGGAAAUUGCUUCGGCAAAAACAUGAGUCUGGCGUACAACAUCGUCAAGAUCCCGCCGGCACAGAAAGAUAAAUCAGAUCCCAUUGAGAAAUCCCAAGUUGUGGUCCAACUACCCAGCAGUGAAAGAUUAAAGCCUUCCUACAUCCACAGUUUUGGUAUGACUGAGAACUACUUUGUGUUUGUGGAGCAGCCGGUGAAGAUCAACUUGCUCAAGUUUCUGUCGUCUUGGAGCGUCAGAGGAGCAACGUACAUGGACUGCUUUGAAUCCAACGAAAACAUGGGGACAUGGUUCCACUUGGCCACUAAGGAUCCUGCAGGUUACAUGACAAACCACAAAUUCAGAACCUCGGCUUUCAACCUGUUUCACCACAUCAACGCCUACGAAGACCAGGGAUUCAUUGUGGUCGACCUCUGCACAUGGAAAGGGCAUGAUUUUGUGUACAACUACCUGUACCUGGCCAACCUAAGGCAGGAGUGGGAGGAGGUGAAGAAAGCGGCGAUGCGUGCGCCUCAGCCGGAGGUCAGACGAUACGUUCUGCCGUUGGAUAUUCACAGGGAAGAACAAGGCCGAAACCUCGUGUCUCUGUCCUACACGACAGCAACCGCCGUCCUGCACAGCGACGGAUCCAUCUGGCUGGAGCCUGAAGUUCUGUUCUCUGGACCAAGACAGGCCUUUGAGUUUCCACAGAUUAACUACUCCAAGUGCUGUGGAAAGAAAUACUCAUUCGCAUACGGCCUCGGACUCAACCACUUCAUCCCUGACAGGAUUGUCAAGCUGAAUGUCCAGACCAAAGAGACGUGGGUGUGGCAGGAGGAGGACUGUUACCCAUCAGAGCCGCUAUUUGUUUCCUCACCUGGAGCCACAAAGGAAGACGAAGGCGUGUUGCUGAGUGUUGUGGUGAAGCCGGGCGCAGAGAGACCAGGUUUCCUGCUGGUUCUGGACGCCGUGACGCUAACGGAGCUAGCUAGGGCCGAAGUCACCACCGUCAUCCCGGUCACUUUACACGGGAUGUAUAAACCUCCUCCUUCACCCUAAACUCACCAGUUAAUCCCCGUUUCAUCCUUAUUGAUGACAGUGAUACAUUCAGAACAGUUUUUAAAUCAAAUACCACUCUGCUUACUGCUAAGGUUUCAGUAAUGACAUGGAUUUAAAGCUACUGAGCAGCAGGACGUAAACGUUAUAAAUUUUUUGUUUCAUGUAAUUAAAAUCAAAGGAAAACUAUUGGCUUUGGAAAUAAAAAGGCACAAUUAGAAGCUUGUUGUUUUUUGUUCUUUAGUUCACUUUUAGCUGUGUUGUCAAUGGUAGGCACAUUUCCGCUAAUCUGCUAACAGCAGAGCUAAUUUUUCUUUUUUAUUUAAAGAUUUACAAACAAGGCAGUAAUACAAAUACACACAUAAAUAAGUAUUAGGAAACAAAUGAGAAAUUAACAGCAUAAACGCAGAAUGGAAAGUAAAAAAAUUUAUAAAAACAUUGAAAAUCGGAUAAUUUCAGGUUCCUAACAUGCUAAAUUAUGUUCUACAAUGAUCUGAAUUCUUAGCAUUAGGGCUCACCAUUACUUUAAUGAAUUUUACAUAACAUAAAAACUCAUUGAGAAAAACACAAAACUUGGGAGACAUUUUCUUACAUUUGGAUUUGUGUAUAUGAUUUUUCAAAAAUUAUGUUAGUUUUUCAGUUAGCAUUUUUGCUAACUUUGAAAACAUUUAGCACUUUUAUCUUUCCCUAAAUGAUUUUUUUCCAGAUAAAUUCUAGAACACUAAUGUACUUGACUGUUUUAUGACCCUUCAGUUAAAUGAAAUUUUACAUCUGUGUUCAAGAUUUGGUUAUCAAUUAAUACUGGAGGCAGCAUGAUUACAUAAUCAUGCUGCCUCAGUCAGACUCACCACUUUCUCAUGGUCCUGUUGCUCCUGUGCUUUUAUUUCCUGUCUUUUCAAUCAGACCUUGAAGUUAUUUUAGUUUAUGUUACUGAAUCCACAUCUGCUUUAUUCUUCGCGCCUCCUCAUGUAUUGGAGUUUACUUUUCCUUCAUUGUUUGAGGUUAAAAAAAGCAUGUUGGUAUCAUAUUUCAGAGCAAUUUUAAACACUUAACAUUCCAGUUUAAUACAUUUAUAUAAUGGAUACAAAUUGUUGAUGUGUCUCGACUGUAUAUGUCAAAUAAACAGUCUGUUUAAAACUGAAAAGUGUGGUUUUCUUUGAGAAAUUUCUCAGAUUAAUUUCAGAAAAUUUUCUCAUAAAUUUUGGACUUUUGAAACUCAGAACGUUUGUAACUUUUUUCUAGAAGAUUUCUGAGAUUAUUCUCAAACUUAUGACUUUUGGAGCUCCAAAAUUUUUCCAAAAUGUUUUUUGGCUGAAAUUUACUCCUUGAUUCUGUUUUUCCUAAUAUGCCAUUGUAGUGAUGUGAUAAAUGUUGCAGAGCCGUGUAAUAACUAUAGACAAUCACCAGGUGAGCAGCCAGUCAUUUUAUGUUAUACAAACAAGAAUAAAUAAAUUUUUUAGACAUUUCUAAUUACAGAAAGAUUAAACAGAUAUGGGUUAAAAGCUUGUAGGGUUUUUAGACAGUAUUUCAAAAUACAGUUUAGAGGGAUAAAACUGUUAAGGCCUUUUGGAUUUGUAAAGAUCAAGAUGAAUCUAUAGGCUCCAAACUGCAGAUCCACAUUAGAGCAGAUUUAUUUUAUGCUGCACACAGAAGAAAAAAGGAAUUUUAAAAAUGUAAAAAUGACAUUCAGCAUCCCUGACGUUUUUUCUGCAGAAUCUGCUGAAGUGAAAUAAUGUCUGCUGCAUUAAAGUGUGAGUCAUGAUGACUCUUAAAAACAGGAUCCAGAUCUCAGAAAACCAGGAGUGUUAGGCUUCUACAUCCGGAGCAGCACAGACUGUUUUUUCUCUGUGGACAGCUGGUGGCGCUGUUGUUUGAUAAUAUCCAGAGCGUCUCUGAGAACCUGUGAAGGAAAAGAAAAUCAGACUUCUCCAGCUUCCUCCUGGAUUAACUUAUGUGAAAAUAAUUCUGUAUUUUUACCUUCCUGGUUUCCUGAGGCAGAAUGACUCCGUCGUCCCACAUCCUGCCAGAGGAAAAGAACGCCGAACUUUCCUCCUCCAGCUUCUCGUUCAGCUUCUUCUCCUCUUCCUGUUUGGUGUCGGCAGGUAGCAACGAGUCGGCGUGACCCGGCGCCGCCAGCGACACUCUGGCGUUGGGCCACAGGAACAGGAAGUUGGGAUCAAACGCCCGCCCACACUGAGGAAAAGAAGAC